GUUUCUUACCACAACGAAAUCUCAAUCGUCGGUAAUCAUCGCGUGUUGUUGGAGUCUUAUAAACCCACCGCUUCCCUUCUCUACUGAAGUCUCUGUUUUCCUCUCUCAACAAACAAAUGGCUUCUCUCUCUCACCUCAACCAACAACUUCUCAGCACAAACACUCUCCCAUUCACUCCUCUCAACUCCACACCUUCAAUUUCGCCACCGACCAUCGGAUUUCGCAGCAAGUCUUUCGGAAGACCGAUUGUCGCAUCGGCCGAUGUUUCGAGGCGGGUGGUCUACGUCCAUGCCGUGACUAGCGACGAUGAGUGGGGUCCAGAUAGGGAUGUGCCUUAUGCUGGUGUGGCGGUUGCGGUGGAGGAGAAACCGGUGGAGACUGAGACGGAUAAACUGAAGAAGGCUUUGGUGGAUAGUUUUUAUGGGACCGAUCGUGGACUUAAAGCGAGCAGUGAAACGAGAGCGGAGAUUGUUGAGCUUAUUAGCCAGCUUGAAGCUAAGAAUCCAACCCCUGCUCCCACUGAUGCAUUGACUCUGCUCAACGGAAAAUGGAUUCUCGUGUAUACAUCCUUUGCAGGUUUAUUUCCAUUGCUGUCGAGUGGAACACUGCCAUUAGUUAAGGUUGAAGAAAUAUCUCAGACUAUUGACUCUGAAGCUUUUACUGUCCAAAACUCUGUUCGGUUUGCUGGUCCAUUGACUACCACCUCCAUUAGUACCAACGCCAAAUUUGAAGUUCGAAGUCCAAAACGUGUUCAGAUCAAGUUUGACGAAGGUAUCAUAGGCACUCCACAACUGACAGACUCAUUAGAGAUACCAGAAAACGUGGAAUUUUUGGGGCAAAGGAUUGAUCUUACACCAUUCAAAGGCAUACUUACUUCUGUCCAAAACACUGCCUCAUCAGUUGUGAGAACAAUUUCCAAUCAGCCUCCAUUGAAGUUCCCAAUUUCAAACAACAAGGCUCAAUCAUGGUUACUUACUACAUACCUUGAUGAAGAACUACGCAUCUCAAGGGGUGAUGGCGGCGGUGUGUUUGUUCUUAUCAAGGAAGGCAGUUCUCUUUUGACAAACCAAAGAAACUAAAGAAAUUAUAUUGGUUUACUUUCUUGGUCAUUAUGUAAUAAUACAUGUUGUUCACUUGUACCUAUUCAUAAAUAAGCAAUGAUAGAUAAAACUAUAUUAUUAUA